AAUAAACGGAUUUAAUUAAAAAAUUAUCAUGUUUUUUAUGGCAGCUUAUGUGUUAAACGAACAGGAGCAAGAUUACCAAAGUAGAAUAGAUAGGCGGCGUUUAAGAGACCAUUCGAAUCCUCUCAGUGCACCGGAUUCUACAUUUGUUUCCAACUAUCGCCUAAACAAGUACGCUUUUUUAGAAGUGCUGAAUGAAGUAAAAUCUUUCGUCAAGGAAACGUCCAUACCUAUUUUAUUAAAGCUGGCAGCAAGUCUUAGGUUUUUCGCAGAAGGUUCCUAUCAACGUUCCGUCGGAAAGGAUACAGAUAUUGCUAUGGGUAGAAGCACAGUCUCAAAAAUAUUAUCCGAAAUGAUCAAUGCUUUGGAAAAUGUUCUGUGUCCUAAGUGGAUUAAGCUGAAAAUGUCUGAAGAGGAUUCUAGAAAAUCAAAACUUCAUUUUGUAGAAAAAUUCGGUAUUCCAGGAGUAAUAGGGUGUAUUGAUGGAACACAUGUGGCUCUGAUUAAACCUUUUGAGAACGAAUUUGUGAUUUUGAUAUGA